GUAUUGAAAUGUCAUUAGAAACUACCGGUAAUUAACAAUUAUAUCAAAGUGCUCUCCCACUUGUCAAAAGAUUACCUCAACAAGGACUGCCGCAAAUGUCUGAUAUAUGGACAAAUGAAUUGGAUCUGGUUGAAGGUUGUCGUCAAUUUUUACUGCAGGAAGUUAGGCUCCCCACGGUAUUAUAUUCUAAUUGCCCGUAGAAGGCUACUGUGGUAUCCCGAUGUGCAUGUCAGUAGAAGAAAGAAGAAGAAGAAGAAAGGGAAAAGGAUUUCAUUCUUCCUCACUUGUUAGAGAUGAGUACCACCCGAAUCGAUCCUGUCGCACAAAGGUAGCAGAUUUUUUGAGUUGGUCUUCCUCUGAUUCAGAUAAAGCUUCCAACUGUGUUUCAAUAUUAAAAGGCAAAGUAGCGCUUAUAACUGGUGCAGCUAGCGGAAUCGGUCUGGCCACUGCCAAGUUGUUCCAUUGCCACGGCGCCAAGGUAGUGAUCGCCGAUAUCCAAGACGAGCUUGGCCGGCAAGCCUGCCGUGAAAUGAGCUCCGACGGCAGUGACGACGCCAUGUACUUCCACUGCGAUGUCACCAUCGAACAAGACGUGGCCGGUGCCAUCGAUGGCACCGUCGCAAAGUUCGGCAAGCUCGACAUCAUGUACAACAACGCCGGCAUCAUUGGCCCGUCGUGCCCCAGCGUGCCGGAUAUCGAGAAAUCCAUGUUCGAGAGGGUCUUGAGCGUCAACGUGGUCGGUGGCUUCCUCGGAGCCAAGCACGCCGCCAGGGUCAUGAUUCCGGCGAGGCAAGGCAGCAUAAUUUUCACGGCGAGCGUGGCUUCCGUGAAGGCCGGCCGAUCGCGCCACGCCUACUGCACGUCGAAGCAUGCGGUUGCCGGCCUGUGCAAGAGCAUGGCGGUGGACCUGGGGGAGUUUGGCAUCAGAGUCAACUGCGUGUCCCCAUAUGCAGUCUUGACUCCUCUGUUCACCGGAGGGAACAGUGUCGAUGAAUCUCAGUUCUACACUGAAACCAACAAGCAUGUGUUCUUGAAAGGGAUGAAUCUUAAGCCAGAGGACGUCGCAGAGGCCGCCUUGUACUUUGCCAGUGAUGAUUCCAAGUACAUCAGCGGCCAUAACCUUGUGAUCGACGGGGGUUUCACCAUUGGAUCUCAUCUAAAACCAUUGAACGGAUGAUGCUAAUCAUCAUCAGAAUAAGAAUACACUCCACUGCUUUGAUCUCCACUUUGCAUCUUUUGUAAGGUUUCUUCCUUGCUUAGGCUUUGUGGAACAAAGUUCAGUUAGUAUGAUGUUCAUUUAUGCAUUUUUAUUGUAGAUUUAGUGUUUCUCAAUAGCUCCCGAACUAUGUCACCGGAUUGCUUCAACUUAAUAAAUAGGUGAUAUGACAUCAAUUUCAUUCA